AUAUGACAGGCGUACAAUUUCUCAGUCUAUGUUCAAAUUAACCGCCAUUAUUAUCGGAAAACUGUAAAUGCGUUGCCAUAGCGACGGCAGUUUGUUAUUGCUUCCAUAGUGGAUCUGUCGCACAUCGGGAUGGACGGUUGUUUUACUCCGAGGGAUUUACAGGCGUUACAGGAUUUAAUCUGCCCGCCCAAGGAUGAUUCCGACGUCGAGGACGAUUUACCGCAAGCGGGCGCGAGAAAGUUAGGACCGAGCGAUAUUGGCGCCUCGAGCGAUUCUUUCGAGGAUGUUGCAGCAACAGGACCACAUGCGCCGCUUAAAGGCGCUGGCGAUGACAUUUGGCAUCCCUCGGAAGCUCUUGAUACUCGAAAUGCGCAGGAUUAUGAUCCGAGACAGGUGCCCGAAUACGAGAUAAAGUUCAAGCAAGCAGUGACGGCAGAGGAUGUUUAUCUGGGAAUGAGCUUUAAAACGCCAAGUACGGCAUCCUGUGAAUGGCUGUCGGUGCUGGUGAAAUUGCCCCAGGAAACGCGGGAAAAUGUGGAGCUCUCCGUGGAAUCCGAAGCGAUCGACGUGCGCAGCUCAAGAUAUCGGCUGCACCUACCGACACCGCAUCCAGUGAAUCCCAAUGCGUCUUCCGCCAAAUGGCACAAUGACACUUCUACCCUGGAAAUCACUCUGAGGCUCGCGCGCGAACUGGAUAACAUAAACUUUUGAUUCUGGGUUGUUUCCGGAUCGCCGGUUCGACCUAUCAAACUACAGAUCGGGAGGUCGCUACCCGCGGCGCGUCCCUCUCGUAGCGUUUAUCCUGCAAAAGCGAUAUGUAAGUAACGAGAGUGCGCGUUAAC